AUGCUUUUUGGUUAUAGUGAACCCCCUUCCGGGAGAUAUCUGCCCUCGACCCCCAGGCCUGGACGAGAGGAGGUGGAAUAUUACCAGUCAGAGGCAGAAGGACUCCUGGAAUGCCAUAAAUGCAAAUACUUGUGCACUGGGAGAGGUGUGGUGCAGAUAGUGGAGGUGGUCUUGAAUGGGAUGGUUCUCAUAUGCAUCGUGGCCUCCUACUUUGUCCUUGCCGGAUUCAGUGCCAGCUUUUCCAGUGGCGGUGGCUUUGGGAACAGCUACUACUCACCGUUCGAGGGCACUGAGCUAGAGCAGGUUCGGCAGCUGGACCAGCAGUACACGAUCCUCCGGUCGCCCCUGAUAUAUGGUGGCGUGGCUGUUUCUCUGGGGUUGGGGGUCCUCACCAUGGGCGUCUUACUCCAAGGAGCCAAGAGUCUAACAAUCUUGUCAGGGAAGUGGCUCCUCACGGAGGCCGCCUUCAGCCUCCUAGCGGCCGUGGGCUACUGCACAGGCAUUGGUGUUUACCUCCACGUGGCUCUGCAGAUCAAUAGCACCGACACUUGCAAAACAAGAGAGAGGCUCUAUGCCCGCAGGGGUCUCACCUGGAUGAACUGCCAGCUGGCAGGCACCGAUGGAGCAGCAGCCACCUUUGCUUGUCUUCUGGUGAUCAUGUACGGCGCCAGCGUGGUGCUGGCCCUGCGUAGCUACCGAGAACAGAAGCGCUACAAAGGCAGCCCAGAACAGCCCGGAAGUUACAGUGAGGCACCGGAAUACCUGUGGUCUCGAACAGUUUGAGAUCUUCCAGGACCUAAGUGUGAACCCACAUUGUUUCUCUUAAAAAGACAGGUCUUUUAAAACCCCACAUUAGACAACUAUGGUUUUCACACACUUGACUUUACAAAUGCUCUCUUUGGACUGCGGCAAAGUUAAAGAAUUGAGGCUGGGCGCGGUGGCUCACGCCUGUAAUCCCAGCACUUUGGGAGGCUGCGGUGGGCGGAUCACUUGAGGUCAGCAGAUUGAGUCCAGCCUGGCCCACAGAGCGAAACCCUGUCUCCACUAAAAAUACAAAAAAAUUGCUGGGCGUGGUGGUUCACGCCUGUAAUCCCAGCACUUUAGGAGGCCAAAGCAGGCGGAUCACCUGAGGUUAGGAGUUUGAAACCAGCCUGGCAAACAUGGUGAAACCCCAUCUCUACUAAAAAUACAAAAAUUAGCUGGGCAUGGUGGCAGACGCCUGUAAUCCCAGCUACUCUGGAGGCUGAGGCAGGAGAAUCUCUUAAACCCGGGAGGCAGAGGUUGCAGUGAGCCAAGACCAUUGCAAUCCAGCUUGGGCAACAAGAGCGAGACUCUGUCUCAAAAAAAAAAAAAAAAUCAGCUGGGCUUGAUGGCGAACACCUGUAAUCCCAGCUACUCAGGAGGCUAAGCCACAAGAAUCACUUGAACCUGGGAGGCAGAGGUUGCAGUGAGCAAACUCUACUCCACGUCACUGCACUCCAGCCUGGGCAACAGAGCAAGGCUCUUUCUCAAAAACAACGAUGACGACAACAAAGAAGAUAGGACAGUUGAUUUUAUUAGACCAUAAAGGCAUACUAGAGGCUUUUUCAUUUCUGCAUUUCCUGACAGUGCUCCAUAGAGUAGGCCUUCAAAGGUAGCUAGUAAUCUCAUUACCCUGGACUGCUCUCAUAAUCUAACAGAUCACUAACACUGAAUCUUAAAAAUAAAGUUCUUUUAGUAAUUUUAA